CACAUACUAGUACCUUACCCCGAGAAACCACCGUCGACCCCCGACUCGACUCGCCUCGACGUUCACACCGCAAACCCCCAACCCUCGGGCGACAACUCAACAACGCGACCCGCCAACAGCCGACUUCUCUUUCCCUUUUGUGGUUUCUAGCGCCCGAACUCCCCCUCCAUCCCUUCACCAACACCCCGAACCCGAAACCCGACGACCCCUCGGACGGUUUUUUUUUCUCCCAAAGGGGGUCCGAAGGAACCUUGGGCCCAAACCAUGUUAUCCGCCUUCACCGCUCGACCGCUCGUCGAGUUCAAACCGCGCGAUCGAUCGCGCAUCGAGUCCGUUCUCGCGUACGGGGACCGGGUGCUCGUGGGAUUGAACAAUGGGAGUUUACGGGUGUAUCGGGUGAAUGAGGUGGAGAAGGAGGCUGCGGAUGGUGAUGAGGGGAUGAAUGGGCAUCAGGAUGGUACUCAGGGGAAUCAUGGGGAUGGUGGUGCGCUUGGGAAUAAUGUUAAUGGGGGUGUUGGUGCGAAGACGGUACCCGCUCGUGAUGCUGAGGGUGGUGGAGCGGAGAAUGCGAAUCCAGCGGCCAAUGCUGCAGAUCAUGCGAAGGUGAAUGCUGCUCCAGCAGCCACACCACAUGUGCCGGUCAAACUGAAACAGACGGAUCUUCUGCGCGAGGUCGAGAAGUUCUCCCGGUACAAGGUGGAGCAGUUGGCUCUGAUCAAGGAGGCCAAGUUGCUGGUCUCGUUGUCGGGCGGGUAUGUCUCGAUCCAUGAUCUGCAGACGUAUGCGCUGCAGGAGCAGAUGACCCGCACGAAGGGGGCGUCGACCUUUGCGGUGACGUCGAAUAUCGUCAAUGACUCCGAGACCGGGGUGCCGUCGAUCGUGUCGCGGCUGGCGGUGGCGGUGAAGCGCAAGGUCUUGCUGUGGGUGUGGCGCGAUAUGGAGGUCGAGGGUGAGGUGGUGGAGAUGACGCUGGUCAGUGGCAUCAAGACGCUGACGUGGGUGUCCGGGACGAGGUUGGUGGCCGGGCUGGGGUCCAGCUUCGUGAUGGUUGAUAUCGAGACGGCCAGCGUGACGGACUUGGUCGGCCCCGGGAGUAUCGGCGGGUUGGGUGGCCAGGAAACCGGCCGGUUGACGGGGGUCGGAGUCGCCAGUAUGAGUUAUAUCGGCAUUGGUGGGUCGGCCCCCAAGCCUCUGGCGACGAGGUUGUCCGAGGGCCAGGUGCUGUUGGCGAAAGAUAUCAAUACCCAGUUCAUCGAUAUCAAUGGCGCGUCGCUGGGGAGGCGACAGAUCCCCUGGAGCCAUGCGCCGGCGGAUAUCGGGUACUCGUAUCCGUUUCUGCUCGCCCUGCAUGACGCGUCCAAGGGGGUGCUAGAGGUGCGCAAUCCGGAGACGCUGUCGCUACUCCAGUCGGUUCCACUGCCGUCCGCCAAUAUCCUGCAUAUCCCCCAGCCGACGAUCAGCUUGGCCCAUGCGGGCAAGGGGUUCCUGGUGGCGAGCGAGCGCACGAUCUGGCGCAUGGAAGCGCUGAGCUACGAUACUCAGAUUGACUCGCUGGUGGAGAAGGGCUACCUGGACGAGGCCGUGAGUCUGACAAGCAUGCUGGAGGAUGCGCUCUUGAGGGAUAAGCAGGGCCGGCUACGUGCGAUCAAACUCGAGAAAGCGGAAGGGCUGUUUCGACUCCGGAAAUAUGCGGACGCGAUGGAUAUAUUCACCGAGAUCUCUGCGCCACCGGAAACGGUGAUCAGGCUCUAUCCCAAGAUCGUGGCGGGAGAGCUAUCGUCGGUCCCCGAGGAGCAAGAGGAAUCCGAAGACAGCGCCACCGAGAGCCCGUCCAAGACCCCCGACAACCAGAAACAGGUGGAUGGCAAUCACACGGCGGAUGCUGCUGUUGCGGCCACGGCCAAGACGCUCUCGCACGCCCCGUCGGUCAUGUCGCUGCUGCGGUCCAAGACGGAGACAUUCGACGAUGCGGCCAGUAUCCGGACGAGGAUGACCGAAGACGCCAAGCCCGACAAGGCCCUCGAAGGAAAUGAUCUCAAGUUGGCGGUUCGUGAGCUGCAGAGGUACCUGGCCGAUGUCCGUCGGCGGUUCCAGCGCUUCCUCAACCCCGAUGGGUCACUGAAGGUGUUCGAUCUGCCGGCGGACGCAGCCACAGAUGAACUGACCGAUUCUGUGAUGAAAUUGCUCGAGACCAGCACCAAGGAUAUUCAGGAUCCCGAGUUCGGGGAGAAGAUUCGCGAGAAGGCCAAACUCGUCGACACCACCCUCUUCCGAGCGUAUAUGUAUGCGAUCCCUGCUCUGGCGGGGUCUCUCUUCCGGAUCGCGAACUUCUGCGACCCGGACGUGGUCAUGGAGAGGCUCGAGGAGACCGGCCGGCACAACGACCUGAUCGAUUUCCUGUACGGCAAAAAACUGCACCGCCAGGCGCUGGAGCUGCUCCAGCGGUUCGGUCAGGCGGAGGAGGAAGAGGAGACCGCUCCGCAGCUGCACGGUCCCAAGAGAACGGUCGUCUACCUACAGAAUCUCCCGCCGGACCGGAUCGACCUCAUCCUCGAGUUCGCCGAAUGGCCACUGCGGGAGGACCCCGAAUUGGGCAUGGAGGUCUUUCUGGCGGACACGGAGAACGCAGAGACUCUGCCCCGGCAUCGCGUGCUGGACUUUUUGCGGGGCAUCGAUGUUAAUCUGGCCGUGCAAUACCUGGAACAUGUCAUCGGCGAGCUGAACGACAUGUCGCCGGAUCUACAUCAGCAGCUGCUCAAUUUCUACCUGGACCGUCUGAAGAAGUACAGAAACAAGGAGUGGGAAUUCGCUAGCGAAGAUGACCACGUCGCGUGGCGAACCAAGUUCCUCACCAUGCUCAGGUCGAGCACGCAGUACUCGCCAGCCAAGAUUCUAAACCGCCUGGACCGCGACGAUCCCGAAUUGUUCGAAGCGCGAGCAAUCGUGUUCAGCAAGAUGGGGCAACACAAGCAGGCGCUGGAGAUCUACGUGUUCAAGCUGGAGGACUAUGCUAAGGCUGAGGAAUACUGCAACCAUCUCCACAAACAGGACGAUAUAGCGUCUACCGAAGAAGGCGGGCCUUGUGUGGCUCUGCUGGCUUACGAAGAAGACAAGCCGUCGAUCUAUUUGACUCUCCUAGCACUCUAUCUAACCCCGCCCCACGGAUACAAGCCACGAUAUGGGCCAGCGCUCGAAGUGCUGGCCAAGCACGGGUCCCGCCUGCCUCCCGGGUCCGCGCUGGACCUGAUCCCCGAAACCCUCCCGGUGAAGGAGCUCGACUUCUACUUCAAGGGUCGCAUGCGCGCCGCCAACUCGAUCCUCAACGAGAGCCGGAUCGUGGCGAGCCUGCAGAAAGCCGAGAACAUCAAGACCCAAGCCCAGCUGCUGGUGGGUGAGGGGACGGAUCCCAAGCGGUCGAGAUCCCGACAUGUCACCAUUACCGAAGAGAGGGUGUGCGGGAUCUGCCACAAGCGGAUCGGGGGCAGUGUGAUCAACGUGUAUCCAGAGUACGUCAUUUUCUUUCCCUUUAUUUUUUUUGGAAAAAAAAAUUGGUUGCUGACUUGCGCCGCAGUAAUACCGUUGUCCAUCUUGGUUGCGCCAACCGCAAGCGGUCACUUUCAUGAUGUUGAUGUCAGUGUCGUUGUAAAUAGAAGUCAUGGUCUUGUUUCUUGUGGUAUCGUAUAUUUGCGUUCCGUCUUUUCUUUUCCUGCCUCUUUUUUUUUUUUUUUCUCUUCGUGAUCUCCUUGUUCACAUAUUUGCCAUUUUGGAGUGGGGCGGACGCUUCCUGCACGAUGAUACCCGGGGGGGAUAGCGAUCUCUUUCAUAUUUUGCAUCUUUCCUUUUUUUCGAAUCAUAUCACGUCAUAGCCUCCCUGAAACCUCCCUGAAAGUGUUCAAUCUCAUCCUCAUCAUCAUCAUGUAUUCCCGUUCACGGCCACACAUCCACGUAAGCCCUAAUUUGUCGAUAGCGUAGUUCAGCGACGCAAUUGUAGUUGGG